GCCGCUUCCAGGUGCGCGAGGCACAGGUUCAGGCACUCAAGGUGAGUUCUGAUUGCACUUAGCAAGAUCGCGUCUCUCCAUGUACCGUAGUCACAGCGGCGGCAACUCGGCGGUCGUCGUCGCUGGCGGCCGCAAGCGACUGCACACAACGUUUGCCGACGGCGUCGAGCUCGUCGAAGAUUACACGAAGGACGGCCCGCCCGAGCUCUUGGUGCGCCGAUGGAAGACCACGACGGCGCUCGGCGGCGACGGGCGGUGGGAGUACGAGAUUGGCGAGCCUCUUCCGGCCGAAGGACGAAGCCGCGAUAUUGGCUUGGCGCCCAGCAGCACGCAGCCGACGUUUCUGUGCCGCGAGGCGCCUGCGCACUGGGAGUGGCGGGUGCGGAACCUUCCAUACCCCAAAGAGACGUACGCCAUUAGCAUCGACGACGACGUACAAACGAUCAGCAUCCGAACAAGCAACAAAAAGUACUUUAAGCGCUUCCAGAUCCCGGCCUUGGUGCGCCAAAACCAGCGUCUCGACGCGGCGGCCAUCUCGUUCACGCACGAGAGCAACACGCUCGUCGUUCGCUACAAGAAACCGGAUGCUGUCGUGGCGGUCGAGCGCCAAGUGUUGCGCGAGCGACUCCACGCCGCGGGGUCCUCCGAGCCGCAGUGUCGCCAGCAGUGACGAGUGCAACAUCACGACACCGACUCCAGAGCCAGAGCUACCAGACGUGUAGCUACUUGGUGCAUAAACUUUAGUCGACUCAAUUGUUUAUAUCUGGA